AUGGAGCAGGGCACAGGGAGACAGCCUGACAGGGGAGGCCGUGGCCGAUGCCGGUGUCCCGGGGGUGGCGGGUGGGCGGCACUGGGGCUGCCCCGAGGCCCCGGUGACGGGCGGCUCUCCCCAGUGCGGGGGGCGAGGACUGCCUUGUGGUACGUGGACAGGAACGGCUCCUGGCACCCCGGCUUCGACUGCGACUUCCUCACCUUCUGCUGCGGCACGUGCCACCAGCGGUACUGCUGCCGCGACCCCCUGCGCCUGCUCACCGAGCGCCAGCAGCGCCACUGCCUCGCCUUCAGCCCCAAGACCAUCGCGGGCAUCGCCUCGGCCGUGGUGCUCUUCAUCGCCAUCGUCACCACCAUCGUCUGCUGCUUCAUGUGCUCCUGCUGCUACUUGUACCAGCGCCGGCAGCACCUCCGCACCCCCCUGCAAGGCCCGGAGAUCCCGCUGUCCGGCUACCCCCCCCGGCCCUUCCCCAUGGACCCCAAAGCCGGCCCCGUGCCCCCCCAGCCCGGCUUCGCCCCCAUGGCCAUGUACCCGCCGGCCGGCCCCGCCGCCCAGUACCCGCUGUACCCCUCGGGGCCCCCCGUCUACAACCCCACAGCGCCUCCGCCCUACGUCCCGGCACAGCCCAGCUACCCCGGAGCCUGA